AUGCGCGAGGUGGUCACACUGCAGGUUGGACAGUGUGGAAACCAAAUGGGAGCAGAGUUCUGGAAGACACUGUGCAAGGAGCACGGGAUAUCCAUGUGCGGGGUUCUGCAGGAUAGCAGGGAUCUAGGAGACAGGAAGGACGUCUUCUUCUACCAGGCAGACGAUAAUGUGUUUGUUCCCCGGGCCAUACUUGUCGAUUUAGAGCCGAGGGUCAUAUCCCAGGCCCCGUCGUUUUUCAGCCAGGAGAGCAUUUUUCUAUCGAACGAGGGAGGCGGUGCCGGAAACAACUGGGGACAUGGAUACUGCGUAGGCAAGGCCAUGGGGAAUGACGUGAUUGAUAUGAUACAAAGAGAGGCAGAGGGCUGCGACGCUCUCGAAACGUUUCUCCUACUCCACUCCAUAGCUGGAGGAACGGGAUCAGGGUUUGGAUCCUUGCUUUUGGAGAGAAUAAAGGAGGAGUUUCCCAAGAAGAUUGUCCAAACAUACUCCAUAUUCCCAAACAACGACGAGUCUAGUGAUGUUGUUGUGCAGCCAUACAACUCAGUACUGACCCUCCACAGGCUCAUAGAAAACUCCGACUGCAUUGUUGUCAUGGACAAUUCAUCGCUUGGAAGAUAUACCCUUGACUCCCUGCGGAUUGGCACGCCAACCUUCGACCAUAUCAACCUGCUCAUAUCGACGGUGAUGGCGGCGUCCACAAGCACCAUCCGGUUUCCCGGAUACAUGUACUGCACUCAUCAGUCCAUAAACAACUGCCUUGUUCCUCUUGACCCGCUCAAAUUUGUCGUCCCGUCAUACACUCCAUUUGUGUGCGACGAGAUGUCGAGGGUUGUCAGGAAGGCAACAUGCUCGGAUGUGAUGAGGAGGCUUCUGCUGCCGAAGACCAGACUUGCAGGCUACGAGCAGACAAAAGCACAGUCUGUUGUGUCGAUGCUGAACAUAUUGCAUGGAGUUGAAGACUCUGGAGAGGUGUCCAGAACAGUAAUGAGGUUCCUUGACAAGGGAAUGGUCAACUUCGUCCCGUGGAUGCCCCCGUCGUUCAACGUUGCCCUGGGAAAGUGCAUUGCUAACGAAACGAGGCCGAGCAGGGUUUCGGGCCUGAGUCUUACAAACUCAACUGGAGCCUCAUUGAUCUUGUCGAAGAUAUCUGGACAGUUUGACAAGCUCAGGAAGCAACGCGCAUUCCUGGACAUCUACAAGAGAUUUGGUGUUGAGCCCGAAAUGUUUGAUGAAGGAAAGGAGAUUGUGCAGAAGGCCCUUGAGGAGUACCACAGUGCAGAAAUGGCAGCAUAUCCAAACCAUUGA